CACGCUUUACUAAUCAGUCUUGUAUCGUCACCAAUACAACUCUUGACUUCAGACUUCGUUCGUUGUUGUACAAGCCACACCGUACCGGUGAGCAUCGAGCUGGCUUCUUGUUCAUCCUGAAGCCUUCUAUUCCCAGUGACCUUGACAGUGACAUCUUGAAGAAGGUUGUUCCUUGCUAAAGUUUAGCUCGGAGCGUUCUGAAUCUGAAGUGUGUAUUUGUUUGAUAAAGCGGUGCACGAAAAAAUGGGACGGUUUGGCUCGUUAUCGAAGGGCAAACUAAUGAUCCUGGCGCUGGUGUUCGUUCCAUUAUCUCUGCUGUGCUACCAAAGCUACUCGGCUAGAUCUAAACGGCUGUCAGAUGGGUCCGGUCUCAAUCUACUGAAUAGUCGCAGAAAGGAUGCGGCGAGGAAGGACCACAUUGCCGGCCGAGCACGCUCCAUGGUGCUGAACCAGCAAAGGGAGCGCUUGAAGGCGAGUAGUAUACAGGACAGUCUCAAUCGAGCACCACAUCUGCUGGGAGGUGCCGUCAAAAAUAAUAAUGCAGCAGAAAAAUCCAGUGAAGCAAAGAAGCCAGAUGAGUCAAUGAUGCCGAAUGACCAAAAGGAUGGUCACCGUCAGCAGGGUGGACCGAAAUUCCGGGAAGAGGAACUAGGUGACGGUCAAAAGCUGAAGCGGAAAACUGGUGCGGAGCCCGUCGAUCACGUGGAGGAUGAGGAUCUGCGACUCAGGCAAGAGCGGAAGGAGAAUAAGCAAACGGAUCACGAAGAGCAAGAUGAUCAGGAGCAAGAGAGAAAACAGCGAGAGCAGGAGAAAAGACAGGAAGAGGAAGAGAGAAAACAACAUGAGCAGGAGAAAAGACAGGAAGAGGAAGAGAGAAAACAACAUGAGCAGGAGCAAAGAGAGGAAGAGGAAGAGCAAGCGAACCAAAAGCGAGCACAAGAGGAAGAGAAAAAGAGGCAAGAGCAAGAGAGAAAGAAGGAAGAGCUAGAGGAACGCCAACGAGAGCAAGAGAAAAGACAAGAGCACCAACAACGGCAGCAGCCCGCGUCCAACGGAGGCAAAGGUAAAGAGGACACAGUGAAGCUGCAGUUUGUAAAAAAGAUGAUCAAACAUGCCUGGGAUAGCUAUGAGAAGCAUGCAUGGGGCUACAAUGAACUCUCCGCUACGGGAAAGUCUGGUUCGGACGGCCAGGGAAUGUUCGGCAAUUCUCAUCUUGGUGCCAGCUUGGUGGAUGCACUGGACACACUGUACAUUGCUGGCUUCAUGGACGAGUAUAACAAGGGCCGCGCAUGGGUCAAGCAGAAUCUAGAUUACAACAAAGUGGGGGGCGACGUAUCUAUGUUUGAGAUGAACAUUCGCUUCGUUGGAGCAUGUCUGUCAAUGUAUGCGUUGACUGGAGAUGAGCUGUACAAAGAGAAGGCCAAGGACUUGGUGGACCGCUUCAUGCCUGCGUUCCGCUCUUCUGGCUUAGCUCAUAACUGGAUUGUACUCAACGGCUACUCUCAAGGAAGUGAUCACAGUGGGCCAUGUUUUGUUGUGGCCGAGCCCGGUACGCUGCACUUGGAGUUUGCGUACCUCAGCACCAUCACUGGCGACAACCGCUACCUCAAUCAGGUUCAAAAAGUGCGCGAUGCUCUCUCCUCUCCCAGCAUGACAGGCUUGCCCGGUGUAAUCUCAGCGGAGAUUAACACAGACAGUGGCACACCGUGUAGAUCCGAGCUAUCGUUGGAUGGAGGAAGUGAUAGCUAUUACGAGUAUCUGAUCAAGUCCUAUGUGCAGAGUGGCCGAACCGACAAGCGUGCUCUGCGUCUUUUCAAUGAUUUGGCCAAGAGUGUUGACUCGAAGAUGAUGGGUAAGGUGACAAAGAAUGGAAAGACGUACCGGUACCUUGGCCGCACGUCCGGUGGAGGUGGUUACUUGGAUGCUCGCAUGGGUCAUCUGGCCUGCUUCAGCGGUGGUAUGUUUGCACUGGGAGCCAAGCACGGUAGCCAGCCCGACAUGACACUGCAGUUGGGCAAGGACAUCACCGAGGCUUGCCAUGAGAUGUACGACAAGACGGCUACCAAGAUUGGUCCUGAUGAGGGAAUGUUCAUGAACGGCGAUGCUGGGCAGAAUCGAAUUUUCUCUCUUUCCAGCCCUGUGUACUUGCUACGGCCAGAGGUGGUGGAGAGCUACUUUGUACUGUGGAGAACUACCAAGGAUCCCAAGUAUCGUCAAUGGGCCUGGGAGGCUGCACAGGCGAUUGAAAAGUACUGCCGCGUGGACGGUGGCUACACUGACUUGGCCAAUGUCGACCAGGUGCCGCCACAUCCCAACAGUGGAAUGCAGCAAUCGUUCUUCUUGGCGGAAACACUCAAGUAUCUCUAUCUGAUAUUUACUGAUGAUGAUGUGCUGCCACUGGACAAGUGGGUCUUCAACACAGAGGCUCAUCCAUUCCCGGUCAAGGGUGCAUUCGACAGAGAGUUCAACCUGCCGGUCAGGUCUGCUGAUGUCAAGCAGCCUGUUCAACAGAAGAAUAAUGACGUUCAGAAACAGCAGCAGCAACAGAAACGCCCUCAAGCACCUGAAAGGGCUCAGCACUCUGACAACUGGCAGCUGGCAGUUGCGGCGUUGGCAAAGAAGAUGUCGUCACUUGGAGGACUAUCUCAGCAGCAAGCACAUCCUGCUGCGGCUGCAGGACUAGGUGUUUCUGGUGAUCGUUUGAAGAACCUGAAUGCCCAACUAGAUGCUAUCAAGCUGAAGCUAAAGAACAAGCAGGCUGCGUUGCUGAAUGGUGGUGCUGAGCAGCAGGGCGAUGCUGCUGCCAGGCCCAGACAAAGUGCUGUUGCGGCAGGUGAGGGCAAGACAAGACGACGGCAAGGUCUAGAUACGGAGGCUGGUGGAGCACAGCAGAAGCGCAGCUCGGCUGGGGCGGGGGCAAGUAUUGCCCGACGGCGGCCCUAGACCACUUGCAGUGAGUGAGGUUUGAUUGACAUUUAGCUAGGCUCCUGAGACUGCCACCAGUGCUGUAGUACAUGGCUAUACCGGCGAUGUGCAAUUAGCAUGGAGCUUGUCAUUGAUUUUGUGAUUAUAGCACAUAGUGGUGUACUCCUAUGCGGGUUUCGUGGCAAUUGCUGGCACAAUUAGCCACUCAUUUUCUUCACUCUUUUUAAAUUUUCCUGCUUGCUCUCUCAGCCUUGGCUUUCUUUUCAUCUUUCAGUCUCACACAGUCGUCAGGGACCAUCAUUUGAAGUAUAUUGCCAUAAAUAAUACCACCUGUUCCUCUCUCUUCUUUCUCUUACCAGAACAUCUAUCAUGAAAUAUUAUAUUUGAUGAGUUAGUCUAAAAUGGACCAAGUGUGGACACACGCACGUGUGGCAUUUUUUUACUUACCAUUUUAUUGUAAUACUCGAGUAGUUCCAUAGCUUGAGCUAGUAUUUUAGCAGUGUGCACCAGGGAGUUCUAAGUUUUUUAGUACUCCCUGGUGUGCACAAUGUACAUUGUAUAUUAUUACGUGUUUGUGGAUACGCUUUUUCUCCAUGCUUU